AUGACAAAUUCAAGAGUUCACGCUAUUGAUUCAUUAAAACCUAAUUCUUUAUUACACAUAGAUUCUUAAGAACAAAUUUAUGAUACAAAUAUAGUUGUUUGUAAGAGUAAUCAUAAUAUCAAAUCCAUUCUUAAAAAAUAAGAAAGAUAGUAGAAAGAGAAAAAGAAACUUUAAUUUAAAGAUGAUUUGGUUAAAACUUAUGUUGUUGAAAAUUGGAAGAUUUAUAAUACACCUUUUGAAGAAGAUGACAGUUGCUGCUGUAUAAUAUAAUGA